AUGGCUCAAAGCACAUUCCCGGGGUCUACCCCAUUCAACCACGCCGGCACUAAACCUGACAAGUCUCACAUCCAGAAAAUCACGGAGGACGAAGAAUUCGAGGUGACGUCACCGACCGACAUGACUUAUCGACAAGCCAACAUAGGCGCUUUGCCCGAGGCCGCCCUUUUCGGAGGAAGCGCAUUUGGUGAAAGCGCAUCACAAAGCUUCGGGGGUUCUUUGUUUGGCCGGGGAAGUCCCUUUGACUCCGGUCCGCCAUCGGGCGGCAACGCAGGUGACGAUCAGCCUGAACAUCUACCGAUUCCUGCAGGGCAGGGAUUCCCGAACAACUAUGCUCUGGGCCGUCGCACCUCAGUUUCCGCAGAGUCCUUGAACCCAACAUCCGCCGGUGCAGAAGGAUGGACUCCCCCAUGUCACCCCAAGACGGAUGAACAGCUGGCCCGGUUGAAGACCGCUGUUAGUGGGAAUUUCCUGUUUUCUCACCUAGACGACGAUCAAUUCAGGACCGUACUGGAUGCACUAGUUGAGAAGCCUAUUCCCGCCAAGGAUAUCAAAGUGAUCUCACAGGGUGACGCAGGCGACUAUUUCUACAUUGUGGAGAACGGCAAUUUCGACAUCUAUAUUCAUUCGUCCGGUGCAGUGCAGCCCGGCCCAGAUGGUCUGGGCAACAAGGUCGGCAGUACUGGGCCCGGUGGCUCAUUUGGUGAGCUGGCUCUGAUGUAUAAUGCGCCCCGUGCUGCGACGGUCAUUUCCACAGAAGCUAAAUGCACUCUGUGGGCACUGGACCGCAUCACUUUCCGGCGGAUUUUGAUGGAUUCCGCGUUUCAGCGACGCCGCAUGUACGAGGCCUUCUUGGAGGAAGUGCCGCUUCUCUCUUCUCUCAAGCCUUACGAGCGGUCUAAGAUCGCCGACGCCUUAGAUACAAUCAAGUAUCCUGCCGGUGCUACCAUUAUCUCGGAAGGUGAUCCAGGUGACGCAUUUUAUCUUUUGGAGUCUGGCGAGGCCGAGGCCUUCAAGGGUGACGUGCCUGUGAAGAGCUAUCAUCGGGGUGACUACUUUGGCGAGCUGGCCUUGUUGGAUGACAAGCCGCGUGCGGCGAGCAUUGUCACUAAGACCGAUGUCAAGGUGGCCCGCCUGGGCCGGGACGGAUUCAAGAGGCUGCUCGGGCCUGUGGAGGAUAUCAUGCGCCGGGCUGACUAUAAGGUGGAUGCGUCCAAGUCUCCGGGUGAUUCAUAA